AUGGAAGAAUCCAUCGAGGAAGCCAUUGCUGCCUUCAAAGCAGGACGCUUCGUGAUUGUGGCCGAUGGAGAGGACCGCAAAAAUGAAUGCGAUUUGGUUUUUGCGGCUGACCAGGCAACAACGGAGGCCAUGGCAUUUGCCAUCCGCCAAGGGUCUGGAAUUGUGUAUGCGGUUUCGAACAAGGAGGCUUUGCAACAUUUUGGUUUGUAUCCUGCCACAACUGUGAACACUGAUCGGUUCUCCAUCGGCGCCUAUGUUUCCACGACUUUUGUACCAGGGUCUUCCACUGGUCUUUCAGCAGCAGACAGGGCUGCCACAGCUAGGGCGUUGUGCAACUAUAGCAACACGCCGGAUGUAUUUUCAAAACCAGGUCACAUGUUCCCUGUUGCGGCGCACGCAGACGGGGUUCUGGGACGUCCGGGCCAUACAGAAGCCGCAUAUGAUCUUUGUCGCCUCAGUGGCCGGAUGUCUGUCGCUUGCUUGACCGAGCUGACCACAGAAGAUGGCUCAAUGCUGCGGUUGCAAGGAGCUGUUGAUUUCGGGAAGAAGCACGCCAUUCCAGUCAUCAGUGUGGAGCAAAUCAUUCGCCACCGAGGACAGUUCCCCCAAUUUCCGAAUGCACCCAAUCCAGACAGCAUUCCCAGUAUUCGUGGAUUGGAUUUGCCAGCUUUUGAUGGAUCUGGCUUGCGGAUUGCCAUUGUGGGUGCUCGUUGGAACUCAGUUGUCACCCGCAGCCUGGUGACGGGAGCCAAAGAAGCGUUGGAAUCUUGCAACGUGCGGGACAUUUCAACGGAGUACGUUGCGGGAUCCUAUGAGCUGCCAGCGGCUGCUCAAAUAUUGUUGGAGUCACGCAAAUUUGAUGGAAUCAUAUGUGUUGGCUGCUUGAUCAAGGGCCAGUCAAUGCAUUUCGAGUAUGUCAGCGAGGCAGUCACCCAAGGCAUCAUGCGCUUGAACUUGGAUUACAAGGUGCCGGUCGUUUACGGCAUUCUUUCCGUGUUGACGGAAGAACAAGCCAGACAAAGAUCAGGGAUCUCCAGUGCUCACAACAGUGGCAAGGAGUGGGGCAUCACGUGUGUGGAAUCGUGUUUGUUGAAGAAGCGCUACCUGAAGGUCUCGCGGUUAUGA